AAAAAAUCCAACAUAUCAAUUUGUAGGCAAAUAAAAAAGAGAGAGAUAUGGACCUGUAGAUCUGUGCUGAAAAUAUACUAGACAAGCAGCAGAGCCACUGUGCUUCCACUGCCAGGGGAGGAAUGGGAGGAAGUUAUUCAAUGCAGGACAUCAUAUUAUUAGACACAAAGGUUGAGGUCGAGGAACAUGAGCUCAACUGGUUCAUGUUUUUUGUUUGUGCCAGUAAUUUCCCUCUUAAAACAGAUUUGCUAGAAGAGAUUUGUUCUCAUUUUUGAUAACUGGCAUUACCACAUGUGCAAGUGGUGCUUUUCUGUUGUGUCAGUGCAGCCCUUCUUCCUUUAGUGUCAUUGUGAUCCAGAUGUGUGUUGCUGAUGUUUGGUGCAUUGUACUGUGUCUGUGAGUGACGCCACUGUCCCAUCACUGUGUGAUGCUUAGCUGAUCAGAGCCACAGUAGUCUACUUGUCUACCAAUGAAAGCCUUCUCCGUCCACUGGUUUGUCUGUUUUUCUCUCCUCCUCUGUCUGAACAUGAGAGUUAGGCUGCCACUGGCACAUGGUCUCACACUCACACACACACAUAUAUACACACACUGAGAAGAGGCUCUGCCAGAGUGGAUGUAAAUGAAGCAGAGAGUCAUUCUUAAGCUAUUUUUGGAGCGUCCUUAGGGCUUAGUGGAACUGGCCAGCGUGAGUAAUGCAUAAAGACCUCGCAUUGGUGUUUUUCAAAAACCAUAACAAUCAAUCUGCAGACUGCCAGACUCCAUAGAUGCUGGAGAAUAUUCUACAGACAGCAUGACAGCUCCAACCUUUCCUGACAAGAUGUCCCCUAUCAAAGCUCUCACCAUGAAGGACUAUGAGAAUCAAAUCACAGCUCUGAAGAAAGAGAAUUUCAACCUGAAGCUGCGCAUUUACUUCAUGGAGGAGCGCAUCCAGCAGAAAUGUGACGACUCCACUGAGGACAUAUUCAAAACGAAUAUUGAGCUGAAAGUGGAGUUGGAGUCUAUGAAGAGGGAACUGGCAGAGAAACAGGAGCUACUUGUGUCUGCAUCGAAAGCAUUGGAGAGUCUGGCUGGUCGUGAAUCAGGAGAACCCCAGCGUGUGAGAGAUCAAGCUCAGAGAGAGAUGGAUGCACUUAGAGACGCAUUUAACAAGAGGAUAGCUGACCUGGAACAGUCUUUGCGAACAGCAGAGGAAGAGGUCGUGAAGAUGGCAGCCAUUGCUGAGCAGGAAAAGCGUAAGAACAUUAACAUGGAGAAACAGCUCCAAGCCAUGGGUCCACCAAGCACCUUCACCCCUGUCCCAGUCCCAGUGCAGGACCUGCAGCAGGCCCUGCAGGAGAAAGACAAUAUUAUAGAGCAGCUCAAGAUCACGUUAAAGAACCAUGAAGCUUUGAUCCAUCAGAAUAAAAGUGCAGACCAACAGACUGAUGCACCGUCAGCUGACUGUGUUAAACAGCUGUCUGAUCUCAUUGCCGAGAAAGAUCAGGAACUUGAGGCACUGAGGGACGAGCUACAUAUCGAGAAGGACAAAAGGCAACCCGACCAUCAGAAGAGUGAGGUUAGCCGACUGGAAUCCGUCAAUAAGCACCUGACUGAAGAGCUCACACAGGCAAAAAGCACCAAUGAGAACCUGACAAAAACAUUGGAGGAUACCCAGACUCAGAACAAGACCCUGUCGGGGGAGUUGGAGGAGAAGGAGAAUGAACUCAGCUUGGAGAAGAAAAAUGCUCUGAAGCGAGACAAAACAAUCCAGGGGCUGAGUCAGGUCCUCAGAGAAAAGGAAAAAGAGAUUGCAGAACUGUGUCAUGAGAUUGAGGACAGGGAUGAUGCUUUGGCCAAGGCUAGAGAGGCGGCACAUAAAGCCCAACUGCAGAAAUACCAGGGAGUAGAGGAACACCAAAACCUAUUAAUGGAAAAGCAAACAGAGUUGGCCCAACUCCAGGGGGAACACCAUGCCAAGGUGCUUGAAGCCCAAAAGUUACAGCGAGCACUGGAAAGGAAGGAGCAAGAGCUGGCUGACUUGCAGCAAACAAAGGAACAGUUGGAGGUGGAACUGGAGGACCUACAACAGCAGAAGAAGAAAGGAGACAAGGCCCUGAAUGAUCUCAACAAUCAGCUGAAGAAGCUAAGCGGUGAGAUUGGGGAGAGGGAGAGCGCUCUGGAGCAGCAGUACCAGGAGCUGCUGGAUCAAACCAAAAGGAAACUGCAGGCCCAUGAGGUCACCAUCCAACGGCUCACAUCCACCCUGGCUGAUAAAGAGCAGCAGCUACAGGAGUACAUAAACAUGGUCAGAGACUUUGAGCAAAGCAAAAGCCCUGGAGGAAAUGAUAAUGUGCUUUCCAAGCUGCGGCAAAGACUGAAGGAAAAGGAGAAGGCCCUGGAGCAAGCACUGGAUGAGAAGUUUGCUGCCAUUGAGGAGAAAGACAAUGAGAUUCACCAGCUGCAGCUGUCUCUAAGGGAGAAAGAAAGAGACCUGGAUAGGCUAAAUAAUUUACUCUCUCACAACGAAGAAACCAUCAAUAGUUUUGACAGUCUGAUCAAGGAGAAGGAUGUGGAGCUGCAGCAUCUUGCAAACACGCUAAAAAACCUGCAGAGAGCCAAGCAAGAUGUAGAAGAUAACCUGAACAGAUCACUGAGGGAGAAGGACUCCAUCAUCAGCCAGCUACAGCUUUCUCUGGAGGGCAAGACAAAGGACAUGGAUGAAAUGGCCGAAUCAAUGCUGAGCCAGUCACAGACUCAUGCACGUGACUUUGCUGAACAGAUGGGCCAGAGGUUAAAGGUCACAGAGGCUAUGUUGGCUGAGGCUAUGAAGGCCAGGGAAAGGCUGGUUGCUGACAAUGAGAGCGCUGUGGAGGGACUGCUGGCUACAAUUAGCAGCAAGGACCAACUUCUCAAGGACUCUGCUGAGCACUACAACCGCAUGUUGUCAGAGCGCACUCAAGAGAUUCAGGAACUGAAGAAGCAGCUGUCUGACAGGCAGCAGCAGCUUGCCACUGCUGAGAAGCAAAGCUCCAUAUCAGCCCAGGAGGGUUGUUUAGAGACUGCAGAUCUCAGAGCCCUGCUUGCUGAAAAAGACAGCCUCAUCAACACGCUUCUGCAGCGUGGUCAGGAGAGGGACCAGUUCCUGGCAGAGAUGAGGCAAAAGGAGGAGCCAGAUCAUGUGUUGGAGCUCAGACAAACUAUCCAAAUCAUGCAGGAGAAGUUGGACGAGACGGAAGCUGAGCUCUCCAGGAGGAAUAGUGAGGAUAAUGUGGAGAACAUUCCACUCUCCAAGAAGACAGUCGUCAUCCUGAAGAAGGAGCUAGCACAGAAAACUGAGGCACUUAACAAAGCCCUGAAGAGGGAGAAUGAACUGAAGAUUUCGCUGGCAGAGCUACAGUCGUUGCUAUCUGAGCUGGAGGGUCGCAAUGAAGGUCAGGCUGCUAAUAUUGAGUCACUGACUGCGACUCUGAAGACCAAGGAUGAGAUUAUCAAUGUUCUUCAUCAGCGGCUCAGUCAGAGAGGGGACAGUCGGCCUGAUCAUACCCAGGAUCAGGUCAUUGGCUCUGACAUGGAAAGAUCUUUCCCUGGGCUCCCACAAAGAGAGAGAACUAUGAUUGGUGGAGACAGCCAGCAAGAAGCUUUGCCCAACCUUAUAGCCUUGCAACAGGAACAUGAUGCUCUGAACCAAGCCCUGAGAGCUGAACAACAGCUCUACUCCAGCCUGGUCAGGACUGUGAAGGAGCAGGACAGUGCUCAGCGUCUCCAUGCUCUGCAGCUUGAGCUGACAGCAGUGCAGCUCCUUAGGCAGCAGCUAGAGGAGAGCAUCAAAACUAAUGAGGAGCUGAGGGACGACCUGGAGAGAGAGAUACAAAGAGCCAGACUGAGAGAAGGUAUGGACCACAUUGACCCUAAAGAACUUGAGACCAUGAGACAUCAGCUCGAAGAUGCGCAGCGCUGGAAUGCCUCUCUGCAGGCUCGCUUAGGAGCCAUCCAGAACCGUGGAGGAGGGGUUGGUGGGGCCAAUGAUGGUGGUGACACUUUGAGUUUCAUUGGUGAUCAGACUUCCUACAUGAGUAUAUGUGUGGGAGAGGGGCAGGAUGACAGCUUGACUCUACUCUCUCCACAAGAGCUCAAACAGAAGGUGCUGGACCUGCAGGACUGUGUAAGCAGACUGCAGACUUUGAACAACGAGUUGCAGAGCCGACUGUCACUAUUGGAGAAGUCAGAGCAUGACACCUACAACAAAGAAGACAAAGACAUGGCCAGCAGUAGCCCCUGGAAACAGCAGCUAGAGAAGAUGCCGGAGACACAGCCUUUGGCUCACAGUGACAGGACGCAUCACCCUGGUAGGGAUAAAGAGAGCCAGACAGACCUCAAACCAGGACAGAUGGUGUCUGGAAAGCUGUUGGGUGAUGAGAGUAUGGACAGUGGUCUUGGCCAGAGUAGAGAGCAUGCUCAGUCUGGCAACAACACUUUGGAUGCUGGAGAGAGAGAUUCUAGGGAGAAGAACAGAGAUAUAAUGGCACUUAAAUCCCUGCUGACUGAUUGUGGGGCUACAUCAGUCUCGCACCUUAGAGAGAAGCUGCUGAGACUUAAUGCAGAAAAUGUGGAGCUACGGGGUCUCCUGAAAGAACAAAAAUCUACCGAGUGUAAAGAGAAAGAGAGCACGGAUGCCUCAGGGAACAGCAGUGAUGGACAGGCUGAAUUGAGGCAGAGUAUGGAAACACUCCAAGUCAAGAUGUCGAAGGAAAAGAGAGAGAAGAACUCUAACGAGGUGUCGGAUGAGGAGACCCCUGUCACAACAGACGUAAUUGUCAGCACUGCAGAGGGGAUGGAGAGUCCACAAACUAAAGGCCAGUCACACAGGAAGAGCGGACGAGAGGAUGUUGCAAAACAUGGGGCUUGUGUCAAAUCUCGCCUUCCUGUUCCUGUGAGACUGAGAGUGGAAGCCAGCAGCAGCAGCAACAGGCAGUCUGUUAGAAUUGACGCACUUCAGCACCUUCAUUUGGAUGAUGUCUAUGGGUCUGACCAGCAAUUGCAUGAAGAAUCUGACUCCCCAGUAUCAGUCCAACAAAGCACUUCCCCUUCUUCCACAAUCAGAUAUUCACACUGUAGUGGCAGUCCAGUCGGGCCGGACAAGGACUCGGAAGCUGGACACAGGCUGGAUAACACCCAGGCUGACUCUGCUCUCUUCACUCAGCUGGAGCUCCUACACCAAGAGUGCCAGGAGAAAGAGGCCCUGAUCAAGAAGCUCAGUGAGCAACUUGCUGAUUGGGAAGAGCUCCACACUCAGCUUCAGGAAAAGGAACAACUUAAUCGCCAGUAUGUAGAGGCCUUACAGGCUGCAGAAUCCACCAUUGCUUACCUGACAGCCUGCAGCCUGGACAGCCAGGGAGGUUUUGGGUCACACACCAGUCCGGGCCCAGGUUCUGCAGGUUCAGAUGCAGCGCUCCACAUCAAAUGCAUGGAGCUGCAGAAAGCCCUACAGGACAAGGAGGAGCUCAACAACCAGCUUAUAGAGCUUCUGAACAUGGCAGAGAAAGCCAUCACCUCCUCUGACAGCCAAGAAAAGAACCCAGAAAUCAGUGAUGUUUGCUCAAAGAUAAAGGGCACCUUACAGCAGGUGAAUGCAUUUUCAAACAGAGAAAGCCCAAGAGAUGUUUUUGGACACACUGAUGAUGCUAUGCAGGAGUUACAACGACACGCAGACUCUUUGCAGGAUGCACUUUGGGAGCAGAACAGGCUCAAUGCAGAGCUGCAGGAAAAACUGAGAACUGCAGAUGCUGCUGCACAGCAGGGCUACAACAGUAACAGUGCUGGCCAGGAUGGUAAAUGUUUAAGACAGAUAGCAGCAGGAAAGGAGUCGGAUGAACACCAUGGAGCGAUGGGAAGUUCUGAUAAUACUAGUUUAAAUCAGGAGAUGACCAAAGUUCUAAUGAACUGCCUUAGUGCAACAGAGUCUGCCAUCGCCUCUCUAGCAGAACACUGUACAAAUCCUGGCUCCUUCACUUCUGCUAGAUCAUCAGAGAUCAGCACUAACCUGCAGAUGAAUUUAGACAAACUUGCAAGAGCCCUGCAAGAAAGGAAAGAACUGGAGGAACCCACCCAACCAGCAGCCAAAUCCAGCAGCAGUCUGUCCACUGCUUCAGCUGAAACAAAGGGACAUCAAAAUCUCCAUCUCCAUCAAAAUCUCUCUCUCCUCUACAAGGUCUUCAGUGAUCUCUCCCACAGGAUUUCAGAGUUGCAGGCUUCCCUACAAGAAGAGAGGGGCCGUAAAGAGCAGAGCGAGGCCCACAGGACAGUGCAGGAUGGCAAGGGACUACCACCAAGUGUUCAGAUCCAACUGGAGGCCCUUCACAAGGCACUGAGGGAGAAGAAGAAGGCAUGUAAAAACCUGGAGGAGAAACUGGCCACUGCUCUAACCGAGACUUCCCCUGAAACCGCACGGAGAGCUCUGGAGCAGGAUGACAAAGGCGUGCAGGUGGAUUUGCAGGACCUGGGUUACGAAACCAGUGGCAAGAGUGAGAACGAUAGGGAAGAGAGCAGUAGCACAGAUCUAGAGGUUGGUGUGAACCCUAGUUGCAGUGCUUCUAGCCUGCCUUCCCUGCUGAAACAUGAACAGGCCACCUUCUCCUCUACUGAAAACCUGGACUCGACCUCCAGCACCCCGUACCCCAGUUCCCCAGCUCUCAGCUCUGCCAAGGUCAGUCUGAAAGGCCUGCAGGUCUAUGAUGAGUAUGGUGUUUCUGAGGACCCACUCCAGCUUCAGGCACAAGUCAGAGAACUGAAAGUCCAGCUGGAAAACCAAACCAAACUCAUCCUCCAAAUGCAAAAUCUUCUGCGUAGGAACUCCCUCUCCAGUGACCUUGUUGCCAACAUCUCUGAACCGUCCAUCUUCAUCAGGGAUCCAGAAGGGAAACAGAAGGAGGACCAUAGUCAAGAUAGGAGCUACAGAACUGGGCAGUUAAGGGAGAAAAGGGAGGGGGAGAACCAGGCGAUGAAGGAUAAAACCAGCCGUCUUAACAUGGAACUGGAAAGAGAGAGGAUCCUGAACAGAAGCACGAGUGAACAGCUGCCACAGACCCGCAGCCGCUCUACAUCACCUGCCAGACUGGACUCCCUGGUACAGUCACAGGCCAGGGAGCUGUCACAACUGAGGCAGCAGAUCAAGGAGAGCCGCAGGCUGGGAGCCCUGCAGCGUCGGCAGCUGGAGGAGCUGAGCAAGGCCUUCAAGGAGCUGCUGCAGGCCAGCGAAGUCGACUACUACAUGGGGGAGGUGGUCAAGCAGCAGCUGGACAAGAGCCUGAGUCUUCUGGACAGGCUGGAGGGACGGCUAGACAAAGGAGAGUCUCAUCUGAAUAAUGAAGAUGUGGCAGCUCUAGAACUGUCUCGCAGUGUUGGGGAGCUUAUGCAUGGAUCACAGUCACUGCUGUCCCAUGAGGAGAGCAUGAGAGAUCCUCCUGACAGCCCGGCUAGAAUCCAGCAGGAGUUAGAUAAUCUGCGUCUGGAGCUAGAGGGCGACAGAGAGCUGCUGCAGCACAACAUCAGAGUCCUCGUCCAGCAAAACCUCACCCUGGCUGAAUGCACCAGGGAGCAGCUGGACCUGUUGGCUAAAGAGCUGCUGGAGAAGAAUCGUCUCAUCCAGAGCCUGCAGAGCCAAUUCACAGGCCACAGUCCCAGCAGCCACCACAGCUCUCACUCUGAGCUGUACCACUCAGACAGGACAUCUUCCUCCUGCCAUAGCACACAAGGUGGCAGUCGAGCUCACAGCCAGCAACACUCCUCUGAUUGGACGGGAGCAGCUGUCUCUUCUGUAGGCGGAGCUCAGGAGGAAGGUGUGCCCGGUCACAGGGACGCUGCCAGCAGACUGCAGGGCCUGAAGAGGGAGAACGGGCGACUGCAGGAGCAGCUGAGAAGCAGCGAGGAGCUCAACGCCACCCUGCGCAGUGAACUGGACCUGCAUCGCUCAAUUAUGGCCCAGAGCAGCUCCCACUAUCAGGAACAGGAUCAAGAUCACAACCAGGAGGGGUCAGGGCCUCAAAUGGAAACACAUAAAGCGGACAGAGACAUCACAGCAGAGAAGGCUACUGAGCAGCCUCGCACGAUGAAUUCAGACCUGUUGGCAGAACAUCUACAAGAGAUCCGAGCUUUGCGACAGCGCCUGGAGGAGAGCAUCCACACCAACGACCGUCUCAGGGAACAGUUGGAGAAGAAACUAGCUGAGGUGGAGAAAGACCCAGCAGCAACCAACAUCUUUAUCCAUGGAAAUGAGGAGCAGGGUCAGCUGGCUAAUGAGCUGCGAUUUCUCUGGGGACAAAAUCAAGCCCUGAAGGAACAGCUUAACAUGGGGUCUAGAGACAAGCAGAAGGAGAACGAGAAGCUACGGGAGACUCUGGCCAGACGGACUGCCAAACUGGAGCAGAGCAGGAAAGAGUCUGAAGCUCUGAGGCAGGAAAAUAGCCGACUUCAGGAGAGGCUGGAGCACAGCAGCCAAGAAAACUCAAAGCUGCAGGAUACACUGCACUACAGCAAAGAGGAGCUGCACAGGUUGCAGUGCGAGGUAAAGCUCCAGAGGCAGCAGCUGUCCGACUCUCAGCACCUCCUUCGGUCACUGCGAGUGGAGCUGCAAGUUCAUGAAAAGAUCAAGACUGAUCAGAAGCACAACGCAGAAUCCAGUGAGACGACUCAGGAACCAGAUACUGUCCCUUAUUCCGGCUCAUUGGACCUAAGUGAGCUGCUGUCGGAGAUCAGACACCUGAGGCUGCAGCUGGAGCGGAGCAUCCAGACCAACACGGCUCUGCGGCAGCGACUGGAGGAGCAGCUGCUCAGAGGACCCAACCGCUCUGAAACCAUUAACAUCAACUACCUGCUGUCCUCUCCAGAUGAAGGGGGCAGGUCACCGGGUCGUGAAGGCUGUGAUCUCCGUCACUCAUUUCAGUCUCACAAUGAACACAUCAGUGUUCUCCAUGAUGAGAAACAUCGUGCCCAUUCAGAGGUGGACGGUGGCUCCUUCAGCAGCAGCUCUGGUGACAGCGUGUCUGGUGCUCCUUCUCGCCUGGUGCCGGGCCACAGGAUGUGGGCCAAUCGUAACGGCCGCCAUAUUUUGGGCCUGAUUGAGGACUACAAUGCCCUGCGCAAACAGAUCUCAGAGGGUCGCAAACUGUCACGCAGCAUGGACACACAACUGCAGGAUUGUCUGUACGCACUCAGGCAGCAGGGCUUUAAUGACAAGGUGAUAGAACAGCAGCAUCUGAAGAGUUUGUGCAGCAGUGUGAACACCAUGCAGCAGGUGUUAGAAGAAGCUGGUCGACUGCUCAAACUGGUGUGGAGAGUCUCUCUGCCAGCUGGUAACACAGCAGGGGACAGUGGCAACAACCAGCAGGAUGAGCUGCUGAAAAAUGAGAUAGCCAGACUGAAGAGCAGGCUGUCGCAGCAGGAGAGGAUGCUGAGCGGAGCCGUUAAACGCCUCCGCACCACCAACCAGCUCAAAGAGGGAAUGGAGAGGGUCAUCAUUGAUCAGUUGUCUCUAACCCAUGGAGUGUUAAAGAAAGCCAGGGGGAACUUAGAGACAAAUUACUGUACCCUCUUUGGCCUGAAAGGCCUGUCUGGAGGACCAGACGAAGGAGGUUCCAGUCAAUGGCCAGUAGAGGACACUACAGACCCUCAGCCUGAGCAGAUGAGCCUGCCUGUUUCCAGACGGACUGCAAGCAGAUACUCUGAAUCCUCAGAAGAUCACAACAGUGACGCCUCUUUGCACUGCAGCUUCUAAAUCUGCUGGUAUGAUGCCCUACACUGCUUCUGAUAAUGUAGCUACCUAAUGUCCAUCAUGCCUUAUCCUGCUGUAAAACUGUCACCUUACUCUCCUGAUAUCAAAGCCUUUUUGUACUAUACUUGCACAAAACUUGCCUAUAACUUGAUUUAUUUUAGGUACUGAAGUUGUAAAAGUUUCUUUCUUUUAAAAGAAAAAUGCAUUUGUAAAUAGUAUUUCCUGCAAUUUAAAUAUUUUUCCUUUAUUCUUUUUAUAUGACGAUAUAAGAACAUGAAAAAUGUAUUUUAUUACUGACUUACCAUUUUUACCUUUUGUUGUCACCUGUCAGUUUAUGUAUGGGAUGGUUCAAGGCUACUGUGUGAUCAAAGGAUUAUGUGCAAAUGCAGUUAAAAAAAAGUUUAAUGGUGAAACCAAA